CUCUUUCCUCUCUGCUUUUCAGGCUUCUCUCUGGGUUCCACGGUGCAGUCUCACACCAAGGGGAUCUGGAUGUGGUGUUUCCCUCAUCCCCAGAAGACAGGCCACACCCUAGUUCUGCUUGACACUGAGGGCCUGGGAGAUGUAGAAAAAGGUGACAAUCAGAAUGACUGCUGGAUCUUUGCCCUGGCUAUACUUCUGAGCAGCACCUUUGUGUACAACAGCAUGGGACCCAUCAACCAACUGGCCAUUGACCAGCUCCACUAUGUAACAGAACUGACAGACAGAAUCAGAUCAAGAUCUUCACCUGACCAGGAUGAGGUGGAGGACUCAGAUGAGUUUGUGAGAUUCUUCCCGGAUUUCGUGUGGGUUCUGAGGGACUUCUCUCUAGAGCUGAAAUUAAAUGGGGAACCCAUAUCUGCAGAUGAAUACCUAGAGAAUUCCCUGAAGCUUAAACAGGGUACUGGUCAAAGAGAUAAAGUAAAAGAAUUAAAUCUGCCUCAGCUCUGUAUCCAUAAGUUCUUCCCAAAGAAGAAAUGCUUUGUCUUUGAGCGGCCAGUUCAUGGGAGGAAGGUUGGUCAGAUGGAAUCAUUGCAGGAUCAAGACCUGGACUCUGACUUUGUGGAACAAGUGGCAGAGUUCUGCUCUUACUUGUUCAGCUCUUCCAAGGUUAAGAUGCUUUCAGGAUGCAUCAAGGUCAAUGGACCACGACUAAAGAGUUUGGUGGUAACCUAUGUGAACACCAUCUGCAGUGGGAGUCUGCCCUGCAUAGAGAAUGCCGUCCUGGCUUUGUCCCAGACAGAGAAUGCAGCUGCAGUGCAAAAGGCCAUUGCCCACUAUGACCAACAGAUGAACCAGAAGUUGCAGCUGCCCACAGAGACCCUCCAGGAGCUGUUGAAUGUACACAGGGCCAGUGAGAAAGAAGCCAUCAAGAUCUUCAUGGAAAAUUCCUUCAAAGAUGUUAAUCAAGUGUUCCUGACACAAUUCGUGACCGAGUUAGAAACAAAGCAAGAGGAAUUCCUUAAGAAGAAUGAGCAGGCAUCCUCGGAUCGCUGUUUAGCUCUGCUUCAGGAUAUUUUCAAUCCAUUUGAAGAAGACGUGAAGCAGGGGAUUUAUUACAAACCAGGGGGAUACCAUCUUUAUGUCCAGAAGACACGGGAGCUGAAGAAAAAGUACUAUGAUGAACCCAGGAAGGGGGUUCAGGCUGAAGAAGUUCUGCAGA